AAUGGCGCUUCAGCGCUGGACGGAGGCGCCGGAGGCGGCGGUGGCGCCUCGCCGAGUGCCGGCCUCGUUCUCCAGACUCUGCCGCAACGGAGAGAGAGCUUCCUUUACCGCAGUGACAGCGAUUUCGAGAUGUCGCCGAAAUCGAUGUCACGGAACAGUUCGAUCGCCAGCGAAAGGUUCAAAGAGACCGAGCUUCCUGUUGAACGAGCUCAUGGCGAGGACCUCAUUGUCACGCCUUUCGCGCAGAUCCUUGCGUCUUUGCGCUCGGUCAGGAACAACUUCGUGUCGCUCACUAAUGUGCCCACGAACAAAUCACGAAGGAGUAGCAGCGCGCAGGGCAGCAGCACACCGCAGCCCCGGAUUUUGGCGCCAGGAGAGGAGCACUACCAGAAACUGGCCGUGGAGACGAUGGAGGAGCUGGACUGGUGUUUAGACCAGUUGGAAACCAUUCAGACGCAUCGAUCCGUGUCCGACAUGGCCUCGCUGAAGUUCAAGCGGAUGCUGAACAAGGAACUCUCCCACUUCUCGGAGUCCUCGAAGUCUGGCAACCAGAUUUCGGAGUACAUCUGCAGCACUUUCCUUGAUAAACAACAGGAAUUGGAUUUGCCCUCACUGAGAAUCGAGGAUGCAGUCGCGGCUACGGGCAGCACAGAUGCAAGGGCGGCGAAGAAGAAGGACCGGGUGCAGAGGGGCCCGGCCGCCAUGUCUCACAUCAGCGGCGUCAAACGGCCGCUGACGCACACGAACAGCUUUACUGGCGAGCGUGUGCCACUUUAUGGCGUGGACACACCUCACGAGGAGGAACUGGGAAAGCUUCUGUCUGACAUCGACAAGUGGGGCAUUGACAUCUUCAGGAUAGGCGAGCUGAGCAGCAACAGACCGUUGACCUGCGUCGCCUACACAGUCUUCCAGAGGCGAGACCUGCUCAAAUCCCUGGCCAUACCACCGAAGACCUUCGUGACCUUCAUGAUGACCCUCGAGGAUCACUACGUCAAGGACAAUCCCUUCCACAAUAGCCUCCACGCGGCCGACGUGACCCAAUCCACCCACGCUCUGCUCAACACGCCCGCACUUGAGUCCGUGUUCACGCCAUUGGAAAUCACCGCUGCCCUAUUUGCUGCUACCAUUCACGACGUGGAUCAUCCCGGACUCACCAAUCAGUUCCUCAUCAAUUCGAGUUCCGAGCUCGCUUUGAUGUACAAUGACGAAUCUGUUCUGGAGAAUCACCACUUGGCGGUGGCGUUCAAGCUCCUGCAGAACGAGGGCUGCGAUAUAUUCGUGAAUAUGACGAAGAAGCAACGCCAGACACUCCGUAAAAUGGUCAUCGACAUGGUCCUGUCGACGGACAUGUCGAAGCAUAUGUCAUUGCUCGCGGACUUGAAGACCAUGGUGGAGACGAAGAAAGUAGCCGGUUCCGGUGUUCUUCUGUUAGACAACUACACGGACCGUAUCCAGGUUCUGGAGAAUCUGGUCCACUGCGCUGACCUGUCAAAUCCCACGAAACCCCUGCCUCUCUAUCGACGAUGGGUCAGUCUAUUGAUGGAGGAGUUCUUCCUCCAGGGUGAUCGUGAACGGGAACAGAACAUGGACAUCAGCCCGAUGUGCGAUCGGCAUAGCGCCACCAUCGAGAAGUCGCAGGUCGGCUUCAUCGAUUACAUCGUCCAUCCCCUAUGGGAGACGUGGGCGGACCUGGUGCACCCUGAUGCACAGGAAAUUUUGGAUACCCUCGAGGAGAACCGUGAUUGGUACCAGUCGAUGAUCCCUCCGUCACCACCGUCCGAUGAUCAACAGCAACAGCAAGGGAACGACCAGCAGGCUGAUAGGAUACACUUCCAGGUGACACUGGAAGAGGGCGAUGAGACCGGGGACGCCACAGACACCGGAGAAGGUGGUGAAGCGGCCGAGACGACCCUAACGAGCGAGGAAGGGGGCGGUGAGACGGACGAGAACGCCGCGGAGGCUGGGAUGUGACGGAGGCUCGCGGGUAUCUGCAAAAAACUUCACGAGAAGGUGCAGCAGACCUGGUGGCGUGUGCGUCAGUGACAUCUGGCUCGCUGCCGCCGGCCGGGUAUCUUUGUGUCGACCUAUUGACCUUUGGCCAAGCUCCACUCCCUGGAACGGUGGAAAUUAUUGAAGCCUUGUUGGAAAGACGAAAGGCGUGGAAACGGAAGGGAACCGUCUAGUCGUUGCUAGUUCAGACGCUAGACGACUGGGGAGAAAUGAUCUUUUCUGUGUUGCGUCGCGAGAACAAGGAAGACGAGGAGAGAGAGAGAUAGACAUAGACAGAUGAAGAAAGAAAACGAAGAGAAACAAUUGAAAGUGACAGACGUCGAGGAAACCACCCUCGUACGUUUUGGUGAUCGUUUUCUCCUCGCUGACGCGGGUCUCAGGACGAGGAACGGUCCUCGGUGUCGCCGCGCUUCGGCUGGCUCGAAGCGCGCCGAUAGCGUCCGAGAGUGAGUCCUCGAUGGUUCACGAUUGCACAGAGGGAGCAUCGUCGUUGUUACCAUUGUCGCUUUUCCUUCCCCCCCCCCCCAAC